AUGUGCGAUCCGUGCUGUGGUCCCUGCGAUCCCUGCUACUCCUCCUGCUAUCCUUGCUCGCCUAAACCAUGCAAGAGCCGCGAACUGCGCGGUGGCAUCCUCAUCUCAAACUGCGAGUGUCUCAAGCGGAACGGUCUGCAGCACGAUUGUCCGCGUUCUGAAUGUCAGGCAAAACCAUGCUGUCUUACCAAACCGGAAGCAUCUUGCUGUCCGUCGCAAUGGGCCCGACGUUAUCGAUUUGUGACGAUGGGUAAGAAGAGCAAUCCGGUACGUCCAUCACCGAAAUGCUGCCUUCCAACCGGUGGUGGCGGUUGCAAUCCUUGCCCGAUCGAUCCUGCCUGUUGUGUUCCGUGCUAUGAUCCUUGCUGUGGACCCUGCGGUCCAUGCGAACCUUGUACUCCAUGCGGACCAUGUGGACCUUGUACUCCAUGCGGACCAUGUGGACCUUGCGAUCCAUGCUUUCCACCAGUAUGUGGCCCUGUUUGUGAUCCGUGCUGUCCUCCGGUUUGCGAUCCUAGUUAUCCACCAGUGUGUGAUCCUUCCUGCAGCGUCCCAUACUAUCCGUUGAAACGUAUCCGGUCGGCGGUACGACAACCAACACCAAGACCAAAGAUGGCCAAAACCAAUUGGUACUGCCCGCCAUGGUAUAAGAUCUGUAAUGCACCGGCACCCUGUCGUUACUCGGCACCUUGCAAGGCUCAUUGCUAUAAUGUGGAACGUUUUUGUUACCGAUCUAGAUGA